AUGGGCAGCUUCCAGCCAGGCGCCAUCGUCAGAGUCACCGUUCACAACUUUGUCACCUACGAACACGCCGUCUUCUUGCCCGGUCCGAAUCUCAAUAUGGUCAUUGGCCCCAACGGCACCGGAAAGAGCUCUCUAGUCUGCGCCAUUUGCCUCGGGCUUGGCUAUAGUCCCCGACAUCUGGGUCGCGCGGGCCAGGUCAAGGAGUUUGUCAAGCAUGGCAAGGACACGGCGACCAUCGAGAUUGAGCUCUACAAACGGCCCCAAGAUCGCUCUAAUUGGGUUGUUCGAGUCCAGAUUCGCCGCGAGCAGAACAUCCAGAAAUGGUGGCUGAACGGCAAGGAGACAACGCUCAAGAAGAUCCAGUCUUUAAUGCACGCACUCAAGAUUCAGGUCGACAACUUGUGCCAAUUCCUCCCACAGGACAGAGUUGUCGAGUUUGCCGCCUGUACUCCAGUGCAGCUGCUGCACGAGACUCUACGUGCCGCUGCUCCUGAAGAAAUGCAGCAGUGGCACCAACAGCUCCAAGGGCUCCACAAAGACAAAAAGGAAAUGGCUGACACCGUGCUUGCCGACACUGAAACCCUCCAAAAUCUCCAAUCUCGUCAGCAAGGCUUACAAGCAGACGUGGAUAGAAUCCGCGAGCGGGAGGUCAUUCAGGAGCGGGUGGACGAUCUAAAGUGUGCCCUUGUGUUUGCUCAAUAUCAAGAAGCUCGAAACGAUUACAAAGCAGCAAAGAAUCGCAAAAAGGAGGCCGAGAACAAGCUGAGGCGCCUCGAGCGGGAGAGCGGCCCGUCCUUGGAAGCAGUCAAUCAGAAACAGGUCUACGCUCAAGCAAUUGAGGCGGCGAUUCCAUCGAGGGUAAAGGCUGUCAAAGACGCCCAGUUAGCGACCCAGAUCUUGGCGCAAGAGAUCAGUGCGGCAGUUGACGAUGUCAAGGAAUGGUCUAAUAAGAUCGAUGCGGAACGCAAGAGGUUUGAUGAGAAGAAAAAAGAGGUGGCGGCAUCGAGAUCGAGAAUCACAACGCUACAAGCAGAAUUGAAGAAACGACCAUCAGAAUUCAACGGAGCGGAAUGGAACCAGAAGAUUCGAGCCGAAGAACACAACCUGCGUGAAGUUGAAGCGGAGCAGCGUCGUCUUCGCGAGGAGAUGAACAGAGUCAAAGAGGAGGGGAAGAGGAAGCAGGAGGAGGCUCACAAGAUAAAGGCGGACAUCGAAGCCCUUGAUACGCAAGAGGGCCAGCAGCUAAGCUUCAUGCGAAGACACUUCCCGGAACUCGCUCAGGCUUAUGACUGGGUCCAGGCGAACCAACACGAAUUCGAAAAGGAAGUUUUUGGCCCGCCCAUGUUGUGCUGCUCGAUCAAGGACGACCGCUUCUCCGACCAGGUCCAGUCCCUGUUGCAACAGGACGACUUCCUCUGCUUCACGGCACAGACCAAACAUGACUACAAGAAAUUGACCAAUCAGAUCUACCGCGAGAUGAGCUUAUCUGCCGUCGUCAGGACUUGUUUGCAGCCUCUGACGGCUUUCAGGCCUCCAAUCAGCAACGAAGAAGCUCAGUCUCUUGGUCUGGAUGGAUUUGCCAUCAACUAUCUGGAUGGUCCUGAGCCCGUCCUUGCCAUGCUUUGCGCUGAAAAGAGGCUGCAUCAGUCCGGUAUUUCGCUGAGAGACCAAAACGAUGAUGAGUAUGAGAAGCUCGUCCACAAUGGCAAGAUCAACCAAUGGACAGCCGGGAACCAGCAGUACCAGGUUCGUCGACGGAAAGAGUAUGGCCCUAAUGCAAUGACAACGAUCACCAAGAGGAUCCAGCGGGGCAGAUUCUGGACGUCACAGCCCGUCGACUCCCAAGAAAAGGUUGAACUGAACAGGCGGCUCACAGAGAUCAACGGGGAACUGGAGAUCCUGAAGACUGAGAUCAAGGAGUUGAGAGAAAAGAACGGGCCCUUUGAAGAGCAAAAAGAGGCGUUGCAGACAAAAAUAGAACAAUUGAGAAACGAGAAGAAUGCUCUGCAAAGAGAGUUCAACAAGUGGCAGUUGAUACCGCAAAAGCUAGAAUCCGAGGAACGACACAAGGAAGCAAACGAAGAUGCCAUGCGCGAGGCGCGAGAAAAGAUCAUUGACCACGGCUUUGAAUGGGACAAGGCAGUAGUAGAGCGAGCGAAACUUGUUCUUCGCCAUCAAGAAGCUCUCGGUCAGAUCGCAAAGGCCCAUGACGACCUUAUCGAGGCCAAGAUACGCCUCAUUGAGGCGAAGUCCGACGUCGAGGGGCUCAAGGCUCGCAAUUCCAAUAUAAUGGAGGAGCUGGAAAAUGAGAGGAGCAUCGUUCAGCAAGCUGCCGAGGAUAGCGCUCGUGCCAGAGAGUUGGCUACGCGGCUGGGCGACCAGGUUACGGAAAUCCUGCGCGAGAACCGCGACAAGAGUGAGACAUACAGUGCGCUGGUCGGGGACAGAACGGCGGCGGCGAUUGCGAUGGAGAUCUCCGCCGAGGAAGCGAACCUCGAGCUCAUCCACGCGGCCAACCCCAACGUCAUCCGGGAAUUUGAGAAGCGCGAGCAGGAAAUCGCCAAGCUGCAGAAGAAGAUGGAAACAGCAAACAACAAGCUUGCGAACCUGAGCCAGCAGCUGAGUGAUCUGAUGGGCAAGUGGGAGCCCAGGCUGGACGCUCUUGUCAGCAAGAUCAACGAUGCCUUUGCCUACAAUUUUGAGCAAAUUAGCUGUGCCGGCGAGGUCCGCGUCAACAAGCACGAAGAUUUCGACCAGUGGGCCUUGGACAUUAUGGUCAGAUUUCGUGAAAAUGAAACGCUCCAGCAGCUCAACGCCCACCGGCAAUCCGGCGGCGAGCGCGCCGUCUCCACAAUCUUCUUCCUCAUGGCCCUCCAGUCCAUGGCGCAGUCGCCCUUCCGCGUCGUCGACGAGAUCAACCAGGGCAUGGACCCGCGCAACGAGCGCAUGGUGCACGAGCGCAUGGUGGAAAUCGCCUGCCGUGAGCACACGAGCCAGUACUUCCUCAUCACGCCCAAGCUGCUCACGGGCCUGCGGUACGACCCCAAGAUGAGGGUGCUGUGCAUCGCCAGCGGGGAGCACAUGCCCAAGGACGGGACCAAGCUGGAUUUUGGCAAGUGCCUCAAGAUUCAGAAGAGGCUCAUGGCCGCUGCGGCUUGA